AUGUGGCAACAUCUCAAAACUUCGAAAAACGUCCUCUGGGACUUCUACUACAUUUACGAGCAGCGUUGGGCGCAUAUCUACAUGGAUCAGUUGAUGGAAUUGACCGGCAAGACCGAGAGACAGGUCAGCGACAUUCUGCAGUAUUACCGUUCAAUUGACUACCAACAUGGGAUCAGGAUUCCAUGUCAAAAAUACACACCAACUCAGACUUACUAUCUCAAGAAGGCUUAUCGGGAAUCGAGAUAUGCUGGAAAGGACAAGACAACUUAUUUGGUCAAAAAGACGCGGCUCUUGAGGAAUCAGGAAAUUAAUACUUGGUACUUUAACAAAUUAGAUGUUCUAUGUGAUGCUUCAAUCCAAUACAAGGAUCAGUCUCUGAUCAAUAUCCGGGAUAUCAUUGCUGCUCAAUUUGUGAACGAACUCAAAUAUCAAAACGAUACACCUUGGAAUUCAACUGUUGAAUUUAUUCAAUAUUUCACAAAACAUGGAAACGUGGAGCUCAAUGAUUGUGUCAAGGAUACGAAAUACCAACUUGACGACUCUGCCGUUCCUUCCCCAGCUCUUCCAGACCAAUUCAUGAAGUAUAUGAAACGAAAUGUCAAACUUUAUUCGUUCAAAUGGGAAAGAAAUCUAAACUAUACACUCCAAGAAACGGAUCGUAAUUCGCUGGACUUCGAUGUCUCCUUCAAAUUGCCGGAAAAAAACUGGAAUGUCAAAUGUGAAGUUGGAUUGUUUCACUCACGCCGAUACUAUCACAUUUCUGAGCUCAAACAGUCUGGAACGUGUGCAAAUGCAGGAGAAGUGGUCCCAUUUGAACCUAGAGACUUGGAGGCCGAUGAUAAAAAUGCAACUGUCAUGUGGUUCCAGGGAGCAUUUGCGCCAAAGUUCCCAGCUUGGACUGAUAGUGAUAUCAGUAAUCUUCCAACUCAUUUUUUGCAACUUCUCAAAACUUCUGUUAAAAUUAACGUGUGUCAUGAGAACAAGGUUGAGGAAGUUGAAUAUACAAAAGAACAAUUCCUUUCCUGGUAUAGACACUUUGAAGUAAUGUGGGCAGUACCUGACUCUUCUCAUUUCACCCAUCAACUCUUAAAUAUGGGAGACAAAUUCAUUUCCGGUCGAGUUACCAUGAAACUCGUUACGCGAUCAGUGAAGGAUGCACCUGAGCGUGAUUGGCAGUUCAAAUACGUUGCUACUCAUUACGGUAAAGAUUGGGAGCUCUCCAGUUUGUAUGUGUUGUGCAAUGAUGCCGUUGAGUACAAAGAUGAAUCUUAUCUUCAUAUUCGAAAGAUCAUUGCGAAAGAUUUGUGGAAAAUGUGGAGGAAAUGGAGAAGUUUGCGAUUCCGCCGAGAUGGUGGACGACUGUUGACUGAACUCGACAUGUUCGCUUAUGAUAGACAACAGCGAUACAACUUUUUAGUUCACCAAGGUUUGACAAAGGAGAGCCCUCGCUUCCAGCUAAAGAUAGAAAUGAAUUCCAUUUCAAAACCAUCUCCCAGGCGGACGUUGAGAAUCCAGAAUACACUUAUGAGCACGAGUGAUCUUUCACUAUCAAUUGGGACGAAAUGGACCAAAUGUAUUACAUUACAAAAAUCAGAAUGUCAUGUGGCAUCGAAUUUGAAGAUGGCAUACCGGUUGAUGCGAACUACAUGGUUUUCAAUUUUCGUGGAAAGAGACAUCGAAAGUGAAUAA